AUGGUUUAUGAUGGUGUUAGUGCUAGUUCUAGUGGUGUCGGACUGGCGAUGGUCAAGCUUACAAGGCUCGAUAAAUUUAGGAAGGCGAUAAGAUUGCCAUCGCCUGAGGCUAAAAAAUCUAAAUCAGCAAUAAAAAGUUUAUCGCAAAAUCAACCUUCCAAAACAGUGGCUAGUGAUAGCAUUAAGGAGUUGGAAUUUGCCUCUAAUCACACAGAUGGCAUAAUUAGCAAUGUUUCGGAUUAUAAGAGUGACAAAUUUGGCAUAAAAGUCAAGAAAACCCCCAAGAAAAAACUACUAUUGAAUAAGCUAGAAAACUCAAAUGUUAAUGAAAUUGUAAAUACUAAUGUGACAAUAGCACUCUCUCGGGGGAAACGUAAAAGGGAAGCGAAAAAGUUGGCUUUUAGGAAGAAAUUUGAGUUUGAGAAAACAUGCUUAGAUAUACUUAAGGAAAAUAGGUCGGUUGAUAAACAUGGAUCUGCACUAGGGUCUCUUAGGGAACUUAAAUCAUGCUUGGACGUGGCUGAGAAAAAAUUAAUUAAAGUUAACAAGGUUGGGAAGAGAAGAAAUAAGCUAGGAUUCAAACUUCGUGUUAAAAAGAGAAAUUUGAAGCAAUGGUCAACUAGUAGUGAUAUGCCUACGGAUUUAUAA